AUGUUCGUCGGUCGUUACCCUUACCAGGCCCCUCCUUCGGCUGGCGGGUCUGCGAGGACCUCCCGAGCUCCCAGCUCCGGAGCAAGCACCCGUCCACCAUCCAAUUCCGGCGCGCCCCGUCCACCGUCCAGUGCAGGCACCCGUCCACCGUCCAGCGCAGGCACCCGUCCAUCAUCCAACGCGGGUACCCGUCCACCAUCCAGUGCAGGCAACCGCCCACCGUCCAGUGCAGGUAUCCGCCCACCGUCAAGCAUGGGUUCUCGCCCACCAUCAAGAACCGACUUGCGGUCGCGAUCUCAGACUGCGGCUGUGCCUCAGGGGCCGGCGGGUCGCCCACUACCCACGACUUUUUCCCAACCUCGUCGUGUUCCCGAUGACGAUGAGCUCCUUGCAUCCAUCACUGCCGGCGUGCGCAGGGGCAGGGACGAGUUCGAGACCGAAUUCGACACAAGUUCGCUCAAGCUCAGCGGCCAGGACAUCAAGAGGUACAAGGUCAUGGCUGACAACAUCGCUGCGUCUGCAGACAUCGACAAGAGUAUCCUUUACAACUUCGUUGAGCUCGGCGACAUCGUCCCAAUGCUCAUGGACAUCCGAGCCCACCAAGAGGUGGCGACAAUGACCGAGCAGGACAAGAUCAAGAACGUCUGGGAGAAAAAGCUCCUUUCGAAGGACUUCAGGAGCAUGGUCACUGAGCGCCUGAUGGCUGCUUUCCUAUCCCCGCAGCUGACAGCAUAUCGGGUUAUGUUCACUAGUCAAGUAAUGAUCUUUGCGAGCCGGCACCCGGACGUCUUCGGCAUCGACCACACUGUCCUCGACGACCACCACUUGGAGAAGUCAUUCCAGAGGUUCAUCUCGAGCACCAGCGGAUCGGUUCGAGGGACGUUCAAAGAACGGGUGACUGACUCCCUCUUGAAAGAGUGGAGCCUUCUCGACCUCUCCAGUCAGCUCGCGGCGUCUGCUCAUCGCAUGCCAAUGGAUUCCUCUCAUUGGAGGAAAAUAGCUGCUGUCCGCGUCUUCACUCGUCAGUUCUACAUUGGUGUUGGCCACUAUGACAAGCCCCGGGCUCCCUCUUUGAAUCGGCUUUAUACUAUGAACAUCGCCCCUUUCCUCCACUACGACUUUUACCCCAUCAUUCAGCAGCAUCUUGGCCUCGACGUCCGCGCGGACGUGGCUGAUGCUGGCAGUGACGGGUCCCUUGCGUGCCUGGGUCAAAACCUCGACGACGAUGGCAUGCCUAUCAUCAUCGACACCACGCCCGAGCAGGACGACAACCUGGAGCCCGAGUCCCAGCCCUUGCCCGAGUCCGUGUUCCAGAACCCGCCUGAGCUCGACUCUCAGACCGAGCCCGAGUCUCAGACCGAGCCCGAGUCCCAACCCGAGCCCGAGUCCCAAACCGAGCCCGAGUCUCAAAUUGUGCCGGAGACCCAGUUCGACAGUUUCGACGACCGGUACCCGGUUAAUGGUGACGACACCGACUCGUUUUGGGACACCCACGAUGACAGCUCCAUGCCCACUGUGCUUCUCCCACUCCCACAGGUCCCUCCAUCUGGCUUUUUCCCCGUUCUUGGUCCUGACGGUAAACUGAUUCCAGCCCGCUGGUCGAUGAGGGAGUAUUGGGAGUACAUCGACCAUUCCUUCAAUAACCUUCGCAAGGUUGCUUUGGCCAAUGCCCGCAACCACCCAACACCAGGCUUGACGCUUGAGCGCGCUCGCGACGCCGAGCUCAAGAGGUUAAUGGGUCUCCUCAUGCAGGCCGACAUGGCUGACUUCCGAGGCACCAAUGAUGACAUCUCAAUGCGUGAUAUUGCUAUGGCUUCCGACGUCAUGGAAGCCGGCAGGAGUGUCGCCGUCCCCCAGUGGAUGAGCAUCAUCCAGCAAGACCUUCGUUGGGACUGA